AUGGACAUACUUCGAGAGAUGGAAAUUAAGCCGCUGCUCGAGGGAUGGCCCCUAACGACCAUCAUAGUCGCACUCCUCGCAACAUGGACAAUCUACUCAAUCAGCAUCAUCAUCUACCGUCUCACCCUCCACCCCCUGGCGAAGUUUCCAGGACCAAAGAUAGCAGCCUGCACCCAGCUCUACGAAUUCUACCACGACGUCCUCCGCAGCGGCCAAUACCAAUUCCUCAUCAACAAUCUCCACGACCAAUACGGCCCCAUAAUCCGCAUCUCCCCUUACGAACUGCACAUCUCCUCCCCAGACUUCUACUCCCAACUCUACACAUCCGCCUCCAACCCCCGAGACAAAUGGAAAUUCUCCGCGGACAUGGUCGGGACGCCGUCGUCGUUUUUCGCAAGCGUAGAGCAUCACGUCCAUCGAGGGAGGAGGAUGCCGUUGAAUAAGUUCUUUUCGAAGAAGAGUGUCUAUGAGCUUGAGGGGAGGAUCAGUGGGCAUGUCGAGAAACUCUGCAAACGGAUUGAGGAAUUCAGAGGGACCGGGAAGCCAUUGUCGCUUCGCUACGCCUUUGCAGCAUUGACGAUCGACGUCGUGAGCGAGUACGCCUUCGCCAAAUCCUACGGCGCCUUGGACGACCUCGACUUCGCCCCUUACUGGAUGGACGCCGUCGACUCGAUCCUCGAAGGCUGCUACAUCAACCAGUUCUUCCCCUGGCUCCCAGCUCUGAUGAAGAACCUCCCGCUCUGGGUGGUAGAGAAACUCAACCCACAUAUCACAACCGUGAUAAAAUACCAAAAGGACCUCAGCGAGCAAAUCCAAACCAUCAUGGACAACCCAGAGCAAGACAAAGAAACUGACAACCUCACCAUCUUCCACGAGUUCCUCACAUCCCCGGACCUGCCUCUCGCCGAUAGGAAUCUGACGCACUUCACCGAAGAAGCCCAGAAUCUCAUCGGCGCGGGCCAGACGACGACGGCGCAUCACUUGAACACUACCAUGUUCCACAUCCUCGACAAUGCAGACGUCCUCGCGCGACUGAAGGGAGAACUCGAAACCGCAAUGCCGGACCCAAGGAUCCUCCCUCCACUACACGAACUCGAGAAUCUCGAAUACCUCUCCGCCGUCAUAACCGAAGGCCACCGCCUCUCCCCCGGCAACAUCCACCGCCUUGCCCGGAUCUCCCAUGACCCCAUCCCAACGCCCUUCCCCACACCCACCGCCCCAACACACCUAAUCCCCCCAAACACCCCAAUCAGCAUGUCCAUCCUCACCCAGCACCACACCCCCUCCCUCUUCCCCUCGCCCAAAACCUUCUCCCCGGCCCGCUUCCUCUCCCCGCCAUCUCAAGACCUCAAGAGAUACGUAGUCCCUUACAGCAAAGGCACGCGGAACUGCAUCGGCCAGAACCUCGCGCAGGCGGAGAUUUACAUGGCGUUGGCGGCGGUGGUGAGGAGGUUUGAGGUGGAGGUGUGGGAGACGGAGCGGGGGAGGGAUAUCGAUGUGGUGUUUGAUUUCAUUACGCCCAAGGCGAGUAGGGAGAGUAGAGGGUUGAGGGUGCUGGUUAAAUGA